AUGAAACGUUUUCUUGUCCCCCUUUCAAAAUCGGAUGAAUCUGAUGAAUCUGUUACUUCUAAAAAAAUUCGUAAAUCUUCUACUACAAUAAGUGUCAAUGAUCGUGAUAUUCAAAACAAUAUUUUUGAUAUUAGUCGAAACGUUGAAAACGGGCCAAAUCAACCGAACAUUACGUUCCCGAGACGAAACAUCAGUGGAAAACAGAGAUCAUUUAAUGUUUUGUGGUAUUCAAAAUACGAAUGGUUAGAAUACUCGAAAAUGAGAGAUUCGAUAUUUUGUUUUUACUGUCGCCAUUUCACUAGUGAUAAUUCCGGCUAUAGAAAUGAAGUUUUAAUUGUUAAUGGUUAUUCUGAUUGGAAGCAUAUUGGAAACAUGUUAGAAAAACACAAUUCUUCAAAUAUUCAUAAACUGUCUCUUGAAAAAUAUAAAUCGUGGAUAUCCGCUAAAAAAAUGGUUCUGUAA